AAUGGUCACGAUGACUGGGUAACAUGACCCUCUGUACGUGGUUGGGCGUGGGCACCAUCACAAGUGCCUCACGUGUCUCCAAGAGGAAGUAACAGAUGGAGGGAACAGGGAGUAAACCGCCCCCCCCACCCCUUCCUCUAGGGGAACAGGGGGGGGCGGGGGCAUUUCCCCCCCCCCCCCCCCUUCCCUCACAGCUUGGAACCCCUCCCCUCAGGGCUUUCCUAAAGCAGACAAAGCGGAGGGAACAGGGUUGAGCAAGCAGCUGGGACUGACUGAACCUACCUGGACCGACUGGGUGAGGCUGUCCUGCCAUGAGGCUGGUGGUGGUUUUCUCGGGGGCCUUGUUGGGGCUUCUAGUCGCCCAAGGGACAGUGAAUAGCUGUCCUCACAAAAAAUCGGCCACUCUGCUGCCAUCCUUCACGGUGACACCCACAGCUACAGAAAGCACAGCAAGGCCCGCGACCACCAGCCACAGAACCACCACCACGGGCGCCACCAGCCACGAGCCCACAACGGCCACCCACCAUACGGUCACCACCCCCAGUCACGGGAACGCCACGGUUCACCCGACGACAAACAACAGCACGGCCACCAGCCCGAGAGCCCCCACCACUGCCCCCCACCCGGGACCCCCUCCACCCCCUCCAAGCCCGAGCCCAGGCUCCAAGGGCGCUGUAGGGGACUACACAUGGACUAAUGGCUCCCGGCCCUGCGUCCGGCUCCAAGGCCAGAUCCAGAUCGGAAUUCUGUACCCGACCCAGGGCGGAGGAAAGGCCUGGGGCAUCUCUGUGCUGAACCCCAACAAAACCAAGGCGCAGGGGGACUGUGAGGGUGCCCACACCCACCUGCUUCUCUCGUUCCCCUACGGACAGCUCAGCUUUGGAUUCAAGCAGGAGCCACAGCAGAGCGCUGUCUACCUGAGCUACGUGGCUCUGGAGUACAACGUGUCCCUUCCACAGGCGGCACAGUGGAUGUUCUCCGUUGAGAACUCAUCCCUUCACGCUCUCCAAGCCCCCCUGGGCCAGAGCUUCAGCUGCGGGAACGCAAGCCUCUCUCUCUCCCCAGCACUGCGCCUUGACCUGCUACACCUGAGGCUCCAGGCUGCCCAGCUGCCCCCCUCAGGGGCCUUUGGGCCAAGUUUCCCUUGUCCGACUGACCAGUUCCUCCUGCUGCCCCUCGUCAUUGGCCUGGUCUCCCUGGGCCUCCUCGCCCUGGUGCUCGCUACGUUCUGCAUCGUCCGGAGACGCCCGCCCACCUACCAGCCCCUCUGAGCUCGAGGCCCAGGGGCUGCCUUCACUCCUCACCACUCAGCUGACUCAGAAACAAAGCGGCCUUCCUUCCCUCUCAGUCUUUGAGAACAAAAGUACAGAUAAUGCAACCUGGGGGGGGGGGGACGAGAGGAAAGAGGUUUAUUGAAUGUGAUGAGUUUCUCCUCCCCCGUCCCCAGAAAAAUAAAACUUGCUCCAACCUC